AUGGGAUGCGUUUGUGGCAAGUUUUCUCCCCCUCACCAAGCUGAGAGGCGGAAACGGGCAGUGAAGAGAGUUGUGAAGAAGGGUUCGAGGCCACGCUCCUCGAAUGUGGGAGAGAGGGUGACAAGGGAGACUCAGAGACAGAGAGUUAGUGUGCGGGUCAAUAAGGAUUCAGGUGGAGAUGUUGUAGGAGGAGGAGGAGGAGACGAGGAAAAAGUUGAUGCUAAAAAAGAAAAGAUUAGGGCAUGGGAGGAUACUGCUAAAGAAAGUAAGAGUAGUAAAGAUUCUGAGGAAUCCAAAAAUGAAUUUGUGGGUGGGUGGCCAAAGUGGUUACUGGAUAACAUUCCCGCCAAUGUUCUGGCUAAGCUUGUUCCCAAGAGUGCUGAUUCUUAUGAAAAACUUGCCAAGAUAGGACGUGGAACAUAUAGCAAUGUGUACAAAGCAAGAGAGAAGGGCACAAGAAAGAUUGUAGCUUUGAAGAAGGUACGGUUUGACACGUCGGAUUCUGAAAGCAUAAAGUUUAUGGCAAGAGAGAUCAUGUUUCUGCAGAAGCUGGAUCAUCCCAAUAUCAUCAAGCUUAAAGGACUAGCAACAUCGAGGAUGCAGUAUAGUCUUUAUCUAGUUUUUGACUUAAUGCAGUUUGAUCUCACUCGCAUUAUCUCUCGACCGGGGGAGACACUCACCGAACCACAGAUCAAGUGCUAUAUGCAGCAGCUUCUUUCUGGUCUCCAGCACUGUCACGAGAGGGGAAUUAUGCACCGAGACAUCAAGGCUUCUAACUUGUUAAUAGACAGAAGAGGGGUGCUGAAAAUUGCAGAUUUUGGGCUUGCAACUUCCAUUGAAUCUGAAAAGCCUCUAACAAAUAGAGUGGUAACACUUUGGUAUAGAGCUCCAGAGCUUCUUUUGGGUUCAACCGAUUAUGGAUGUAGCAUUGAUCUCUGGAGUGCAGGGUGCCUCUUGGCUGAGAUGUUUGUUGGAAGACCAAUUAUGCCUGGCAGGACAGAGGUUGAACAAAUUCACAUGAUCUUCAAACUUUGUGGUUCUCCUCCAGAGGAUUACUUUAAAAAACUGAAGCUAACAACAAGCUACAGGCCUCCACAACAUUACAAACCUACUUACCAAGAGAAUUUCCACAAGUUUCCUUCUUCUUCCCAGCCACUCUUGGCUACACUUCUUGAUCUCAACCCUGCAAAUCGUGGCAGUGCUGCCUCUGCGCUCCAAAGUCAAUUCUUCCAAUGUAGUCCAUUAGCAUGUGACCCUUCAGCUUUGCCAGUAAUCCACAAAAAUGAGGACGAACGCUUACAAACCAAGAGAGGCAAAAGGGACAGGGCUUCUAAAAGAGGGCAACCAUCUCAAACAAGUAAAAGUGAAGCUAGUGAAUCGGAAAAAAAGCAAAUUGCUGAAAAACCCCGUCAAAAUGCAGAAUCAUCAAAAGAGAAGAAUGUGAAAGAACAGAAGCAGGGUCAAGAAACUGGACAUAGUGGUAGCAGCACAUCUUCUGGGUCAAAACUUUUCAUGAAUGAAGGGAUCACAAAUGCAUCUUUAUCGCCAGUUUUUUUCUCUAGUGGCAGUGUGAGAAAAUCUCCCAAAACAGAGGGUCACCCAAAUGCUCUUAAGAACAUAAAGAACUAUAGUGCUCUCUUACAGGCCUCUAUGAUUGAUAUGAUCAACCGCAAUGAGGGCAACGAAGUUCCUCAGCUUCGAAAAUCCUUAUCUGCGUUGGAUUUUCGACUUGGUCCAGACAAGCUAUCAAACCUCUAUGGCUUGCCUGAUAAACAGAUUUAA